ACAAAGUGGCAGGUCCCAAUCGAUCUCUGUCCUUGCAUGCUUGUGGGGAUUAUGAUCACGGAAAUUUUGGAUCGAGCUUGAUAUCAAUGCGACCGCCGCCGUUCGUGGUUCUUUUGUUCAUCCUCCCAGCCUGAUUCUCGAGAGUCUGGAGUGUGUCCUCUCCAUCAUGGCAAGCGAAUUCAAUACCGAGGCUUUCACCCUGCUCGCUGUGGGCGUUCUGAUCGUCGCCAUACGAACAGCCUCCAGGUUGUCCGUCGCUGGCAUCAAGGGAUUAUGGCUCGAUGACUAUCUUAUGCUCUUUGCCACUGUAAUCUAUGGUCUCGAGACGGGUGCUGCAUAUAUCGUCGGCGCCUGGUGGCUAGGCUUAGCCAACAAUGGGAUGACCGACGAGCAACGGCGCACAUUGGAUCCCAACUCUCAAGAAUACCGUUAUCGGGUCAAUGGGUCAAAGACGCAGCUCAUCGGAUGGAGUCUUUACACCUUGCUCUUAUGGACUCUGAAGCUCUGCAUGAUCAUUUUCUAUCAUCGACUAACAGAAGCUCUCGACUACAUGAAGAUCAGGAUACGUAUUGGCUAUGGCAUUGUCAUCGUCACGUACAUUAUCACCGAGUUGUCCAUCUUACUUGGAUGCCACCCUUUCCACAAGAACUGGCAAAUCUUCCCCAAUCCUGGUAACCACUGUCAGCCCGCGAUCUCAAAGAUUGAUUUGUAUGUUACCGUCGUUCUAAACGUCCUUUCCGACGUAUACCUACUGUCAAUACCAAUCCCUUUGCUGUGGAAAGCCGACGUGCCCAUGGUGAAGAAAUUCUCCUUGAUCUUCAUCUUCUCCGGAGCCGUGUUCGUCAUGGCUGCUGGCAUCCUACGAGCCGCACUGAUUAUUGCUGAUCCCAUCGGCGGAGCUCAAGCUGCAGGCAGCUGGGCAGUCCGGGAGACCUUUGUUGCCGUCGUCGUUUGCAACUUGCCGCUCGUGUACCAAGGCGGUCGACGACUGACCAAGGCCGCCACCCAGAGUGGUCUCUUCUCCCGGUCGGCCUCUCGCAUGGGCUACAGCAAGUCCAGCGAGGAACCCGCCCUCGAAAUGUCGGCGAACCGAAGCUCGAUUCAACGCAAAGAGUUUGACGCAAGGCAGAAAGAGAUGCAACAGGAGUUUCUGGCUUCAGAGGCACCAUACAGAUUUUCUGCGCCUCCUUGAUCCGAAGAGACUACAGUCACGGGAAAAAAGAAAAGAAAAGCAAACAACACACGCGCACCUGGAAAAACAAACAAAAGUCGGGAGGAAACGCUGGACACCUAGAUGGUACACACACGCACACACUGCCACGGUUGGGAAAUACAUCGGUUGGCUUCUGUUCCCAUUAUACAUCGACGCCGACUCGAGAUGAUGGAACACGUCUGCGUUGCGUCAUAAACCUGCCUUAUACUAUGCUAUACUAUACUAUAUACUAUACACACGUGCCUGUGAAUGAAGAAUACGACGAAUAAUG